UUGUAUAAAUAUACAGCGGUGUGGUGUUUUUGUUGUGUUAGUGAUAUAAUGGAAUUGAAAUCCGCUAAGAAAAGGGCCCGAUCUUCAAACUGGGAUGAAGAAGAAAAGGUUAUUGUCAUAUUAAAUUUAUUGUUACUUGUAUUGUAUCUAUCUUGUUGCACCAAAAUACCUGUCCAAAUUGUACUAACUCUGAACUUUGUUAUUUUCUUGCAGAGAAUUUUAAGACAACUUAUAAUGGAGAAAAUUGAUAUUAUAGAAAAAAAGACACUACUACAAAUACCAAUGCAAAGAAAAAAGCUGCUUGGCAAGAAAUAUUGUCUAGUUUUAAUAGCCUUAAUAAAAAGCCCAGGGAUAUGACACAAAUUGUCACCCAGUGGCGUAAUACAAAAGGCCUAGUUAAAACUAGAGAGUCGGAGUAUCGGCGGGCCAGGCAGAUGACUGGUGGAGGACCUCCACCACCAAGUCCGCCACAAGAAGAUCUCGAACUAAUUCAGUCAUUGCCUAAUGAGUUUGUGAUUGACAGUAAUGUUUUUGAUAGUGAUAGCAUAUUUAUUGAAACAAUAAAACAGUCACAGUCAACAGCAACUGAAAAGAUGAUGUCAGAAUCUGGGUUAGCCACCACAGAAAUAGCAAUUAUUGUAGAUUCUGAGAAAUCAACUCAGUUAUCUAAUACUCCUGAUGUGGAAGAAAAUCCAAUUUUAUCAACACCACUAGCAGCAACAAAAGUAGAGAAACACACAAUAAAAAGGGAAUUAUAUAAGCCUAAACACAAACCUAAACGAAAUAACAAGAUUGCUGAUAAUUAUGAGAAACAGUUAUUUCUACUCACAAAAAAGUGCAAAGAAAAUAAAGAAAAACGGGAGGAUGAGUUGCAUAAGAAAAGAAUGGCAAUUUUGGAUCUAGAACAGAAAUAUUGGGAAAAAAAAUUAGAAAAUGUUAAAUAA